AUGCCUUUCGGUCAGACGAUCGCCGUGAUUGACAAGUCCGGCAAAGUCGUGAGCACCAGUAAGCAGCUAUUCGGCGUGUUCAGCCAGGCAAAAAAUGCCUAUAGAGAUCGCAAGGCAGGCUUUCAGUCCGAGCGAAAUGCCAAGCUUGCAGAGCAACAGGCUCUAGAGGGACUGGCCAACUAUCAAAUUGAAGACGCGCGAACGGAAGUAUCGGGACGAAGCCGGGCCAGAUCACGGCAUGGGGGCCGAAGUCGUCGCGCCGAGUCUCACUACGACGACGAUGAGCGAACAGUAGUAUCACGACGGGAGUCACAUUAUGGGGACACCCGAACCAUCGCUCGUCGCCAUACCCACCAUGAUGUCACGCUCCGUGAAGCGCCUCGCCCGACAACGGCUCGAUCCAACUCAGAGGCGCAUAUCGAUAUGGACCUUGCAUAUGGAGAUGCCUCUCAUGCAGCCCUAUCGCGAUAUACUCCACCCGAGCCUCAGAACGAUCAAAAACAGCUCGAUGGUCUGGUCACCCGUGCCCAGUGGCUUUUGGAAGAAGCACAUUGUGUGCACCAUGGGGCUACAGCAACUAUUGCCCACCUCCAAAAAGAUCCAGAUGCCAUGGCUGCUGUCGCUCUGACCCUGGCCGAGAUCAGCAAUCUAGCGCGCAAAAUGGCACCAUCUGCACUGACCAGUCUCAAGGCGGCAGCACCAGCCAUCUUCGCCCUUCUCUCCAGCCCUCAGUUCCUCAUCGCCGCGGGUGUAGGUCUGGGCGCCACUGUUGUUAUGUUCGGAGGAUACAAGAUUAUCCAAAGGAUUAAAGGUGGCACAGGCGCAGUGGAAGAUAACGGGGAACCCGCUCCACCACAGCAGGAAGCUGAAAUGGAGGAGCUGAUUGAGUUCAACACAGAAGCACUCAGCUCUGUAGAGAUGUGGAGACGUGGUGUUGCCGACGAACAAGCUGAUAGCGUCGGAACAUCUGUCGACGGCGAGUUCAUCACACCUACCGCGGCCGCUAUGUCUGGUAUUGACAUGACCAACGCACGUGAACGACGGGAUCCUCGAUUUAAAUUCGACGAAGAUGUAUCCGUCGCCUCCUCGCGUCGUUCUCGUCGUUCAAGAUCAACGAGAGUGCCCACCCACGCCCCCUCACAUGCCCCAUCAGCAAGAUCUGGAAGAUCUGAAAGAUCUGAAAGACACGAGCGGAGAUCCAGAGCACCCUCCGAGGCUCCGAGUGGCUUCUUCGGUCGAAGCUCCUCCCGCUCCAGAGCCCCAAGCAUGGCCCCCAGCAAAACACCCAGCAGGGCGCCUAGUCGUGGCCCAAGCCAUGCACCCAGUCGAGCACCCAGCAAAAUCCACAGCCGUGCUCCAUCCAAGGCUGGGACCUACAUCUCCGAAACCGAGAAACGGCCCAAGGAGAAAAAGAAGGGUCCCAGCCGUUUACGACUCAUGUUCACCUCCUGA